GCUCCUCUUUAUGUUGAUAAAAACUCAUUUACUUUAGAGUCAAAGCUCAGCUCAUUGGAACGGGUCAGUACCAGAACCAGACCCAACUGUGACCAUGCCCCUUUAUUUUAAGGAUUAUUUAGUUAAAAAACAAACAGAACAUGAACAUUUUCAUACGCUAUCAACGUGUUAACAUGUUGUUGAUAUGUUGUUAACACGCUAACAAUGUGUAAACAUCUUGUUGUUUACCUGUUAAAAGUCCAGUAUUUUUGGUCUGGAUGGCCUUCCAUACACUCCAAACAGCAGCAACGGAAAACAACAGCAGAGGGAGAUGAGAUGGAAACACCGUCACCAUGUAGAGGUUUGCUGUGGACCCAAAGUUCUGACCUCACUUCGUCAGAUUUAAAGGAACAUGUUGAGUCUAUCAGGGUCGCAACUACAUAAUACUCAGGUGGAGAUAACCCCGCCCCCACAGGAAGGUACGUCACAGUGAAGGAGCGUAGAAACACACGCUCUCUCUCUCGCUCUACGCCCUCUGGUGCUUCAUGGCUGCUUAUCCACUUUUUGCCCCACUGAGUCCAGAGCUACGGUUCCCCACAGGAGCGACCGCUGGUCAGCGUUGGAGCCACUUCUGAGCACAACAUGCAUAUUUUCAAAAUAAUUCACUGAAGGCCGAUAAUUUUUUCUAGAAGUGAAUAAAUGUACGUCUGUUUUUAUAACUAUCUGCUUUCAGUGCUGCCACCAACUGUUCUGGAGGGGAACUGCUGGUUCUGAAGGCGGCUCUGAAUUUGAGUCUCCAUCCUGGCCAAUCCCCUCCGGCUCUCCAGGAUGAGUCCAGGUUAUUAAUAAAUACUAUGGAUGGCCACAGAGAUGUUAAUAUUUGUUGUCAGACUUCAUUGUUGCAGAUUAAGAUUCCAGGGAAUCACAGGAAGGGAAUCUGGAGUUUUAAUCUGAAUCUUUAUGGAGUGGUGAGUUCUGCUAUGAUUCAUCAGGAUAAUCUGCUUUAUGCUGAUCAGCUGGCGAUUAGCGUCACAUGACGCGGUGCUGGUUCAGACCAGACCCGGCAGGACCGACAUGGAGAGCGGCCAGAAGAACACAGGUGAGUCUGCAGGAAACAGGGGAGGCAGCCAAUCAGAGAGCAGCAGGAAACCGAUUUCAGAGGAGGGGGGGGAGAUCAGGAGGCUGGGGAAGAGGUUCCGGAAACUGGACUUGGAUGGAUCCGGAUCCCUAAGCGUGGACGAUUUCAUGUCUCUGCCAGAACUCCAGCAGAACCCGCUGGUCCGGAGAGUCAUCGACAUCUUCGACACGGACGGGAACGGGGAGAUCGACUUCAUCGAGUUCAUCCGAGGAGUGUCUCAGUUCAGCGUCAGAGGGAACCAGCAGCAGAAGCUCCACUUUGCCUUCCGGGUCUACGACGUGGAUAAGGACGGCUUCAUCUCCAACGGCGAGCUGUUCCAGGUGCUGAAGGCCAUGGUGGGCUCCAACCUGCAGGACGCCGCGCUGCAGCAGGUCGUCGAUAAAACCAUCCUCGGCGCCGACCGCGACGGAGACGGACGGAUCUCCUUCCACGAGUUCUGCACGAUUGUGGGUGAGCUGGACUUCACCAAGAAGAUGGUGGUGGACGUCUGAUUGGGCCAGAGCCGUCAGCAGAACCGGGUCAGACGGGAGGUUCUGGAUCUGGUGGCGUCUCAUCGGCAUGGACACCACUGGUCCAGAAGGUUCUGGUCCUCAAAAAACCCAUCAAACCUGAAAUAAACCUUCUAAAUGAUCUUA